AUGGCGGGCCGGGAGACGCCGAGGGGGGCCAGGGGCGCGGGCGGGGGGAGAGAGGGCACUCCGGUUCUCCCCCGCCUCACAAGAUCCGGCGUCAAGGUCUCACUCGAGAACCCAAGAUCGAAUUCAGCUGCAAGUCGUUUUCCUGCGCUACCAGAAUUGAGUAUGAGUCGACGGUCAUCACCAACAGGAUCAUCUUUAAGUCGUGCAGAAAUAUCAGGAUCUUCUUUAAGUCGACUCGCGCAAAGACCAGAAUCUUCUUUAAGUCGACUCGCGCAAAGACCAGAAUCUUCAUUAAGUCGACUCGCGCCAAGACCAGAAUCUUCAAUAAGUCGACUCGCGCCAAGACCAGAAUCUUCAAUAAGUCGACUCGCGCCAAGACCAGAAUCUUCAUUAAGUCGACUCGCGCCAAGACCAGAAUCUUCAUUAAGUCGACUCGCGCCAAGACCAGAAUCGUCAUUAAGUCGACUCGCGCCAAGACCAGAAUCUUCAAUAAGUCGACUCGCGCCAAGACCAGAAUCUUCAAUAAGUCGACUCGCGCCAAGACCAGAAUCUUCAUUAAGUCGACUCGCGCCAAGACCAGAAUCUUCAUUAAGUCGACUCGCGCCAAGACCAGAAUCUUCAUUAAGUCGACUCGCGCCAAGACCAGAAUCUUCUUUAAGCCGGAUCGCGCCAAGACCAGAAUCUUCUUUAAGCCGAACCAUGCCAAGGCCAGAAUCGUCUCUGAGUCUCCCCGCGUCAAGACCAACAUCUUCUUUAAGUUAUCUCUCAGUAACACCAGAAUCGCCAACAGCUGAACCUACAGUGAGACCAGGAUCGCCAGCACUCCAACUCGCAGCUAGGCCAGAAAUUUCUUCAGGUCGACUCUUAACAAGACCAGAGUCAUCUCUAAGUCGACUCACAGGAAACACAGAAUCUCCUCCAAGUCAACCAGCAAAAGGUCAAGAAGCAAAGACCACUUACCCGGCCGCAGAAAGACCAGGAUCCAGCCAGAGCUCGGCAGCCCAUCCGCCCAAGAUCGAAGCUCUGAAGAAAUCAGGUUCUCGACAUUCGCUGCGCAAAAGCCAGUCAGCAACGUCCUUGUCCCUGCCAUGCAUUCUUCCACCGCUUCCUUAUUAUCCAAGGCCUCCCCCCUCCUUAUCCUCCUCCUGUGCCCCCUUUGUCCAACCGAGGGGAAUGCCCGAAGCCCGGAGCACGGUUAAGGAUCUCAAAGAAGAGCAGCAACGCACUCUCCAUGAAGGAAAGAGUUUGGGAGCAAAGCAGGACUUGGUUCAAACAGUAGACGUUGAAACGGAACACACUGCAGUCAGGAGAUGCACGGGGGAGGCACAACAAAGUAGAGUGAACACUGACCAGAGUGUGGUUAAGACACAUCUUGCUGUAGUAAAGACACACCCUAGUGUAGUGAAGACACACCCUAGUGUAGUGAAGACACACCCUAGUGUAGUGAAGACACACCCUAGUGUAGUGAAGACAUUCCUUAGUGUGGUGAAGACACAUUCUUGCGUGGGAAAAACACAAUUAGUUGUGUUUACACCACAAUACUAUGUGACUACACCACAGUACGGUGUGCCUACACCACAGUACGAUGUGCCUACACCACAGUACGAUGUGCCUACACCACGGUAUGAUGUGCCUACACCACAGUACGAUGUGCCUACACCACAGUACGAUGUGCCUACACCACGGUAUGAUGUGCCUGCACCACAACAUGAAGUGCCGUACUUCAAGCCACGCAUCGAAGUAAUGCAAUUCGCCCAAAAGGCCGGGGCGCGAGACCGACAGUGA